AUGGUGCAAAAGUAUGAAUCUCCCGUCAGGAUCUACAAAUAUCCUUUCGAGCUGGUUGUGGCGGCCUAUGAACGUCGCUUCCCUACCUGCCCGCAGAUGCCGAUCGUGCUGGACUGCGAGAUUGUCGAGGACAACCUGUACGACAAUGGUGCGCGCCGGGAUACGAAGCGCCGGUGCAAGAUCGCGGUCGAGGCGCCCUAUCUCAUCAAAAAGAUCAUCGGCGUCGAUGUGGUGUUCUUCAUCCAGAAGAAUUUCCUCGACAUGAAGACGCGCACGCUAAACAUUGAGGCAACGAACGAAUCGUUCGCCACGCGGGUGGAAAUCUUCGAAAAGUGCCGCUACUAUGCGCACCCGGAAAAUCCCGACUGGACGUGCUUCGAUCAGACGGCCACGCUGGACAUAAAGAACUUUUUCGGCAUCGAACAUUCGAUGGAAAAAAUGGGCAUGAAGCAGUACACCCAGACAACGCUGAAGGGCAAAGAAAUCAUUGAGUUUUUCGUCAACGAGCUCAAGCAGGAGGGCAUCACGCACGUGGAAAGGCAAGUAGAUGAGAUGGAAAAUUCUACAACCCCCGUCACCAAUGCGACACCACCGGAAAAGCCACCGCUGUGUCGCGAUAAUUCCAUCCUGGACGCGGACUACAUCGCGAAAUAUCUUGGCCAGCUGACACCGCUGCAGGAAUCGAAGCUGGUACAGUUGCGCAAACGCUUCGAGCACGGGACGUCCGAACAUCCGGAACCGGACUAUCAGACGCUGUUACGGUUUUUGCGUGCGCGAGACUUCAGCAUCGAUAAGGCCACCGCCAUGCUGCAGGAAUCGCUGCAGUGGCGCAAGGAGCACCGCAUUGACGACAUUCUUGGCGAGUACAAAACGCCGGCCGUGGUGGAAAAGUACUUCCCGGGCGGUUGGCACCACCACGAUAAGGAUGGGCGACCUUUGUACAUACUCCGGCUCGGAACGAUGGACGUCAAAGGAUUGCUAAAGUCGGUCGGUGAAGAUGAGCUGCUGAAAUUGACGCUGCAUAUUUGCGAGGAAGGCUUGAAGUUGAUGAAGGAAGCGACCAAGCUGUACGGCAAGCCGAUCUGGAACUGGUGCCUGCUGGUCGAUCUGGACGGGCUGUCGAUGCGCCACUUGUGGCGUCCGGGUGUGAAGGCCCUGCUACGCAUCAUCGAAACAGUCGAGAAAAACUACCCGGAAACAAUGGGCCGUGUGUUGAUCGUGCGGGCACCGCGAGUUUUUCCCGUCCUGUGGACCAUCGUCAGUACCUUCAUCGAUGAAAACACACGCUCGAAGUUUCUGUUCUUCGGUGGACCCGAUUGUAUGCACGCGGAAGAUGGUAUUGAGCAGUACAUCGAUACGGACAAGAUUCCCAGCUUUUUAGGCGGAUCGUGCAGUACAUUGAUCCACGAAGGAGGUUUGGUGCCGAAGCAUCUCUACAAGUCGGAAUCGAUCGAGGAAAACAACGGCGCAAUCCAUGCGCACGAUCAUCACGGCCUUUACAAAGCGGUAGAUCUAAAGCCGGGCCAACUGUUCGAGCUCCUCAUUCGCAACGCGGACCCCAAAAGUGUUCUCACCUGGGAUUUUGAGGUGCUGAAAAAUGAUACCCUGUUUGCCGUUUAUCACACCGAAAAGGAACUGGAGCAAAGUGGAAAUGAUGACUUUUCCUCCGUGUUUGAUAUGCCUGACUUUAAGGAAGGAGCUAAUUAUAAGAAAAUUGAGCAAAGCGUUAAGUGUCGGCCAAAAGAAGGCGUUCAGGGAUCGCACGAAAUGGUAUCCACCGGCACAUACGUCCUGCAAUGGAUGUGUCCACCGUCCUGUGACGGACCUGCUCAACUGAUGUAUUUCCACGAAAUUCUCAGCUCGGCGAACUACAAAGGUUCGAUGACUAGUCUACAGUCGGGAUUCUCCUCAAACAGCUUGCAAUCUCGAUGA